AUGUCCGACAAAAUCACCGUUACCAAACCAGCCACGACGCAACCAAAUCAGGCUGCAUCAAGAGGAGACACUCGAUUUCUUCCUUACUCGGUGCUCCAGUACCAGGACCUUCCUAACUGGACGCUUGAUAUCAAAAAGAGACCAACGUCUCCAACGGUCUCAGAAUCGCUAUCUUCCUGUGGAGUUACGAAUGUUCUGUUAUAUGAUGUCUUGUUCAAGAGUCCCAAUGCUUCAAACCAGCCGGCCUUAAAGACGUUCGUUUUCCGCCAAAGCACUUUUCCCCAAUCAUUCGUCGACGAUCUUCGAGCACGUGUACAGGAGUGGUUUCGAGAAAAUGGAGAAGGCAUAAUACCACCAAACAAGCAACUGGAAUUUGUGGUCAGCUCCCCACUUUCUGACCCCGGUGGCUAUGUAUAUUUUCAAACAUUUCUUACACUCGAAUGGCCACAUACUCCAAGUGUCGGUGUCUUCGAUGGGACAUUCAGCUUUGUUCUCGUUCAAAUUACAAGUGAAAACAAAGUCAAGGUUGAUGUUCAUGUUAAUACUGUGGUUCUCCGGGAUCGGGAUGGCACAGUUCUCGCUCAAGGUUCUAAAAUCUGCCAUCAAGCAAGAACCGGCUAG